CUAACCAAUGUCGUCUGGCCUUUCAAGGUGGCUGACGCCUCUACAAGAAUUGGUUUCACGCAUCAAUGAAAAGUAUGGUGACUUCUUUCGGAUGAUGGGUUGUGCUGGAGAAGUUGCUCUUUCAUCAGAACAGGGGGAAAAUAACUUUGAUAAAUAUGGCAUUCAGAUCAAGGUGAAAUUCCGUUCAAAAGACAGCCUCCACGUCUUGACUCCAUUCCAUCAGAGUGGUGGAGAACGGAGUGUAUCCACCAUGUUGUACCUAAUGGCACUGCAAGAACUUACUAAAUGCCCAUUUCGGGUGGUGGAUGAGAUCAACCAGGUACUGUCAACAACAUUAAGCUCUUAAUGACUGGUCUUAAGGGAAACAGUGCUUCCCCAAGACACUAAAAUAAUGCUCCCUGAGGCGAGGGCAGCAUUGAGGAUUGAAGGGAAACGAAACUCACUGUUUCUUGUGGGGCCAGUCAUUAAGUGAUUGUUAUACUUUAAACAUGAAACAAAUUGCAAAAAAUUAUCUGCUUGACUGCAGCUGCUACACAAAUUUCUGGCUGUUUCAAGGUGCACCACCUGAUCGCCUGCAGUCGAAAGUUCAAGUUGUUGUUUCCCUAGGGAGUUAGUGCGUUUUGACCAAUGAUAGUGACACAUUCUCCUCCAAUCAGAAAACAUAUUUGAUUUGGGAGGUGUAAAUAAUAUAAUUGUCCAUCGACCUCCCAGUAGUACAUGAUUGUGUACUCCAGUAAAAUCAAGAACACCAAGUAUCUUGAAUUCUUUAGUAAUUACAUCAAUGGAUUCCUGAAGGUAACAGGGUUGAGCCAUGAUACUCAUUGUUGAAAGGUUGCCUUUUUAAAACCAGGGGGUAAUUUAUAUGUAUAGCUUACCAACUGGUUAUUCACAUGUAGAUACUUCAAACAUUUGUAAUACAAAUGUAGUUAAUUAAGCUAUAGGUCCAUCAGGCUGCACAACGAAGCCCUCCCUCAAGGUAUUGGUGUCUAGCUCAAACUUUCUUUUAACCUUUU